AUGGCCCCGGUCACAAUCCCACAAUUCCUCCUACCGCGGGGAAUCCCGUCGACGCGGGCCCUCCAGUCCCUCUCGCGCGCAAACGCAACCCACCACCGCAUCAGGACCACGACCCGCCGCUGCGCAUCAGACAACAGCAAGCCGCGAGUCCUAGAACAGCCCGACAAGUUCCGGCCGCCAUCGCACCCCGCGCGCAGGGUUGUGCAAACACGCAAUGGAAGAGUCAUUGGCCGAGAGCCGAUCAACUAUGGUCCCAAGCUCACGGAGAAAGAGAGGGAGGAGCAGGAGCGCAAGCAGUACCCGAAUAUGUUCCCACCUGAGGGCACAGUUAUGUAUAAGUUUUUGACAAAUCGGUGGAUUCAUAUCUGGAUUGCGAUGAGCGUACUCACAACUUUGGCUACGUUUACCUUCACUACGAACUUUAAGCGAUCGUCGCCAUUUGCGCACUUACUUCCGUCUUGGUCGGAUCUUCUUUGGCACCCCAUUGAUACAGUUUCUCAGGCGCUGGCUGUUUUCCGCAUGCAUGUGCAGCAUACCUCCGUACAAACGAGGGAGAAGCGGCACCAGCGGAUUGAGGAUGCGGAGAAGAGACGACAGUACCGUAUUGCUCAUGGGUUGGAGGAGCCGACUGAGGAGCAGGCCAAGACUGAAACUGACGUGGUUGAUGAUCAGUCUCCGAUAGCUGCUGACGCGGAGGCGAAGCAAGGAAAUGGGGAAUAUGUUGAUUGGGAGGGAAAGAAGAUGCCUGUCAAGAAAUGGUUAGGCAUCUGGUAA